AUGUUUUCAUGUUCAUGUGAUACAAUGGUAGUAAUGAGUGAUAUUACUGAUGAUGGUUCAAUAAUAUUUGGUAAAAAUAGUGAUCGUCAAACAAAUGAACCAUUAUCAACACGUUAUAUACCAUCAUCAAUUAAUUCUCUAAAUUCUAAGGUUAAAGCGACACAUAUUGAAAUACAUCAAGUUGAAAAAACUUAUUCAUGUAUUUUAUUUUCACCAACAAAUAUAUUUGGUGCUGAGAUGGGUUUUAAUUGUCAUGGAUUAGUUGUUGGAAAUGAAGCUUUGUUUACAAAAAUUCCUUCGUAUAAUGACGGUUUAACUGGAAUGGAUUUAGUUCGAUUAGUACUUGAAAGAUGUUCAACAAGUCGAGAAGGAAAAAAUGAAAUAAUAUCACUAAUAAAUAAAUAUGGUCAAGGAGGAAAUUGUGGUUUUACAUCAAAAUUUUAUUAUCAUUCAAGUUUUCUAUUAGUUGAUUCACAUGAGGGAUGGAUUAUUGAAACUGUUGGAAAAGAAUAUGCAGCAAAAAGAAUAACAAAAGGUAUUCAUACAAUUUCAAAUAUAAUUUCAUUUGGAAAUCUUGAUACAUUUGAUGAAUAUUCGGAGAAUUUAAUUCAACAAGCUAUUUCAAAAGGUUGGUGUCAUUCAAAAGAAGAUUUUCAUUUUCAAAAAUGUUAUUCCGGAUUAUCAUUUUAUCCACAAGAAUUUUAUAAUGGUUUUCUUAAAACUAAUUUAUCAUGUGGUCAUAAUCGACAAAUACGUUCAAAAGAAUUAAUAAACAAAAAAUCUCAGUUUAAUGUUAUUGAUAUGUUUAAUAUUUUACGUGAUCAUCAAUAUUCAAAAAGUAAACUAUCAGAUGGUUUAACAGAUAUUAAUAUAUGUAUGCAUGCAUCUUUUGGACCUAUUCGAUUUAAUCAAACAACUGGAUCUUUAGUUUCAGUUAUUCCUACUGUAAAAAAUCAAAUUCCAACACAUUAUGCAACAUGUACAUCGUUACCUUGUUUAUCGAUAUUUAAACCAAUAUGGUUAGAUUCAACAAUAAAACCACCAACAUUUAUUUCAUCAUUAGAUAAGAAUAAGAAUAUUUCGAAUGCAUCAUUUACUUAUUCUUCUAAUAAUAUUUGGUGGAAAUCAGAAAUAAUAACAAGAAACGUUAUGAAAUAUUAUCAGAAACUUAUUAAACAAAUUGAAAUUGAAAGAGAUUUAUUAGAAAAUAAUUUUGUUAGCAAAUCCAAACAACUUUCAUUAGAAAAUCUUUCACAAAAAGAAAGAAAUCAAUACACAAUUAAUUCAUUUAAUAAAGUUGAUCAAUUAACAACUGAAUGGCUAUCAAGAACUGAGUCAUUAUCAUUCGAAAUGAAAAGUGAACUUUCUUUAUGUCAAGAAUUAACUUGGGAAAAAUGGAGAAUAUUUGCAAAGAUUCCAAAUGAGUUAUUAACAUAUUCUAAAGCAGAAUAUUUUAAAAAAUUACUUCUAUUGAUUAGUUUAUUAUUAAUAUUAAUUUUGCUUUGGAUAUUCUUAUUUAAACAAAUUGAUCAACAAUAUUUCAUGAUUUGUUUAUCAUUUAUUAUCUAUUUUUUCAUAAUUCAAAUAUUCAUGAAUAAAACAACAAAUACAAAAAUAAAUUUAUUAUUAUUAAAUUUUAAUGAACAAGAUUAA